AUGGUGGCACCUAAUGCGAUGGAGGCGGCCGCGGAGGGAUGGAGGGCCCCGCGCUUCGAAUGCUCUAGCUAUAAGAUCUUUUUUCAUCUUUGGGGCAACGGAGGCCCUCGUUGGGAUCUUGAGCUUGCAGCUUUCAACAAAGAAGAAGAUGCUUCCUGGGUGUCAGUUAAAGGUCCUCAGCAAAGGCCAAAGCACCUAAGUUAUGUGGAUGCUGUAAAGUCUGGUAUUUUGACAGGAGCAAACAGCCUUCCGAUCAAGCAAAAGUUCGGCAUUUUGGCAGAAUCAAACAGACUUUCAAGCAAACAAUCAGUUUUCGAUCGUUUGAUUUUCCCAGAAGAUGCCUGGGGUUCUUGUGCAGUCCCUCCUCACCGACAUUUCCAUAGCCAGGCCCAAAGUUCAGUCGGGAAGAACCUGAUCAACAGGGAGAAAUCAGUCAAUAAUGAGCGCGGAAAAGCAGCCGACUCUUCUCUGAUGGAUUUGAAUUUGAAUUUAGGCCUUGGGACGAGUCAUCCUCCCACUGCUAUUCACCCUGCUCAGAAUCUACCAUGGACAGGAAACUCCAGGAUUUGCUCACGUUGCCUCUCAAACAGUCAUUCAAGGAGUGGCUGCAAAUUCAAGAUUAGAUGUCACAAGUGCCUGCGUGGGGGACAUAUUGCAGCGAAUUGCAUUGGGCAACAACGCUUAGAUAGAAACAUGUUGAGGACUAAUCAGUGGAGUAAAUGGAGCAAAGGAAAAGCACACCUUGAGCAGCCCAAAUGGUUCUCCAAUGCCACGAGCGUGCCUCUUGGACCGAGCACGAGCAGCCCACCCACAUUUAGUUCUUUCGCAGAUUGGUGGAGUGCAGGCUUGGCAUUGCAGAUGGCGCCUCAACUACCUGAGUCCAGGAUCAUUCCAUGGACCCUGCCCUCUAAGUCUAUGAAUGAUGGGCCCGAUGCAUUUGAGACCCACAGGGAAGAGGGUACAACUCAGAUUAAUAGAGACGCGGACCUCAAUGAACCCCCCAUGGCUGAAGAUUUACAGGAAGUCCUCUUUCACCCUGUUAUCCAAGAAAACCUAGUUGUCCCAACUCAGAGUGAGGCCAUAAGCAUCAACCUCCAAUCUUUAGCUUUGGGGCAGGACCUCAAUGAAGAACCUGUAGAGGAAGAUCCAAUGGAGGUCAUAAUCCACCCAGUGGGAAAACCAAACUGGCAACUAGAUAAUGAAGUGGAAGAAGAACACUUGCCACAGGAAGUUCAGGUUCUGCAAAACCAGAUGGAGCCGAAAAUUCAGGCCCCCCUUAUUCAGCCCCAAGAGCAACUAGCACCUCCUCUCAACCUAGCUGAACCAGUUGAUUUUCUUCACAACGAAAUUUCAGAAAGCCUACUGAUGGAUGAUGCUGAAUCAGCGCUGCUACAGCAGAAAGAGCAAAUGGAAUUCUUGAACAGCAACUCGACUCAGCUCCUGAGUAAAGGCACAGAGACUAUAACUCUUUCCAUCCCAAAAACUCACACCCCUGACUCAGCUUUGGAAUGCAACAAACUCAGCCUUUGGACCCCUUUGAGUGCUGAAGAAGAAGAUCAGCUCCUGGAGGACACAAUUUCAGAAUCUCUACCGCCAAUAAAAAGAAACAAGAGACAGAUUGGCAAAGAAUGUCUAGUGGAGACUGAAGUAAGGAGAAGCCCAAGAGUGAAGAUAAGAAACAAUGGUUUCAAAAACAGCAUCUGCAAUAAGAAGAACUGCCUUUGUUGCUCUCAGUCCCCACCAAUCAUUUCAAUAGACAUUCUGAAAAAGCUUGGUACAGAGAUUUGUCAGAUAGAUCCCUCAGAGCUCACGGAAGAAAAAAUGCAGCAGAAGAAGAAGAAGCCAGGAGUAGUGGGAAAGAAACUUUCCAAAGAUGCUAAAGGAAAGUCCAAGAAGCCAAAUGAAGAAAAUGAAGAUGAAGCCUAA